UGUCUGCCUUGUAGACGACACAAUGUUACCGGACGCUGGUCAAUAACGGGUUGUUUCUGUGUGUGUUUUCCUCUGUUUCGGUCGCACCCCUCCGUCCGGCAGGGCCAGCGGUAACGACAUGCUCCUGGCCUCCGCCGUGGUUGUGUGGGAAUGGCUGAACGAGCACGGCCGGUGGCGGCCCUACGGCCCCGCCGUGUCCCACCACAUAGAGGCGGCCAUCCGGAGCAGCGACCCCCGCGGAGGGAGCGUGGUUCUCGGCCAGGUGGACAGCCGCCUCUCGCCGUACAUCAUCGACCUCCAGUCCAUGCACCAGUUCAGACAAGACACAGGGACCAUCCGUCCAGUGCGGCGGAGUUUUUAUGACCCCGCGUCUGCCCCGGGCCAGGGUUGGCAGUGGGAGUGGGAGAAUGACAGUGGCACCUGGACGCCCUACGACAUAGAGGUUGCCAUCGCCAUCCAGAAUGCUCACAACCGCCAGCAGCCCUGCCUUGACCUCGCCCCGCUUGGUUUCUGCUACCUCGUCGACUUUCAGAACAUGACACAGGUAAACCGACAGAGCCAGCGGUGUAGGAGGAUCCAGAGGCGGGCUGAUAUAGCCUAUCCACUGAUCUCCGGCCCCCUUCCUAUACCCAAAGGAGGAGGGGGAGGGUUAACAGGGGCCCUGCUGGGUGUAGGGGUAUCAGGAGCUAGUGUCGGGACUGGUAACCCCGUCUACUCCAAUGGAGGAUUACCAGCUACUGGACUUGGCCAGCCUUGCACCUGUCAACAGUGCAUGCUGGUCCUAAGUGUGAAGAAUAGCGGAGGAGGAGGUGGGAUGCAGACGCUAGGCAGGCGCUCACUAACUGUGCAGCGGCCUAAAAACUCAGCCACCACCCCCUCCAAACCCCUGAGUCCCUCUAAAUCAGCCACUCUGGGCAGAGCACUGCAGCAGAACUCGAAUUCCAACUCCAACUAUUCUCUGACAUUACCCCAUGGCCUUGCCAUCUCAAAAAACACUGCCACGGCAAGACAAAAUGCCCAACUCUUUGCCCAGUCUCUGGCAGCCCUCACAGCAGGCACAGCCUCUCUUGGCUUGUCCUCUUCUUCAAAUAGGCCUCCUCCCCCAUCUCUCCCACCCCCACAGCCCCCGUUAUCAAAUCAGAAUAUGCAGUCUGUGCCAGCUACAGCUUCCCCAUCUUCCAAUGAUGAAACCGUGCCAACAGCUACACUGGUCACACCGGCGACCAGCGUGACCACUCCCCCCUCCCCAGUGCCAUCUCCAUCCACCGCGGUAAUGAAGCCACAGCGUUCGCCAUCAUCAGCAUCAACAGUAUGCCAUGCCCCCUUGCCACAGCGGUCAAGUUUAGCCGGACUGAGUAGACCGGCGUUACAGAGAAUCGCUAUGGCCCAGUCAAGAGCACUCAUAGCAUCAGGUGGGAGUGAGAACCUCACCGGAGUGAUGGUGCUAGUUCUAUCUGCUCUGGUCUUCCGGCUCAGCUUUGGGGAAAGAACCCGUUCCUACGCGGUGCCGUACUGCAGCGGCUCGGCAGGUAAAGAGGUCGCCCAGCAGUGGCCGCUCACGAGUCAGGUGAUGGCGUCCACUGACCACCAGACUGGUUCCUCUGCACACCGUCUGAUGUUUGGGCCCAUGACCCUACUGGGCUCUUCUGCUGCAAACACCAUGGAGCGUCCUGCUGCCAGCGCCUCCUUGGAUCCUAGUAAUUCGGAGUAA